GAGACAGUCCACUUAAAUGCAGUUCCAGGGUUGCAGGACGCCCACCAGCAUCACUCCCCGUGCGAGGUGGCAAAUACAACAUGCUCUCCAGCUUGGGGUGUCUACUUCUCUGUGGAAGUAUUGCACUAGCCCUGGGAAAUGCACAGAAAUUGCCAAAAGGUAAAAGGCCAAGCCUGAAAGUCCACAUCAAUACCACAAGCGACUCUAUCCUCUUGAAGUUCCUACGUCCAAAUCCAAAUGUAAAACUAGAAGGUUUUCUCCUGGGAUAUGGCAGCAACUUGUCACCAAACCAGUACUUCCCUCUUCCAGCGGAAGGGAAAUUCACGGAGGCUGUGGUCGAUGCGGAGCCUAAAUAUCUGAUUGUUGUGCGGCCUGCUCCUCCUCCAAGUCGAAAGAAGUCAUGCUCAGGUAAAGCGCGCUCCCGCAAACCUCUGCAGCUGGUGGUUGGCACUCUGACACCAAGCUCCGUGUUCCUGUCUUGGGGUUUCCUCAUUAACCCACACCAUGACUGGACGUUACCAAGUCACUGUCCCAAUGACAGAUACUAUACAAUUCGCUAUAGAGAAAAGGAUAAGGAAAAGAAAUGGGUUUUUCAACUCUGUCCGGCCACUGAGACAAUUGUGGAAAAUCUAAAACCCAACACAGUUUAUGAAUUUGGAGUGAAAGACAAUGGAGAAGGUGGAAUUUGGAGUAAGAUUUUCAAUCACAAGACUGUUGUUGGCAGUAAAAAAGUAAAUGGGAAAAUCCAAAGCACUUAUGACCAAGUCCACACAGUGCCAGCAUAUGUCCCAAGGAAGCUAAUCCCAAUAACCAUCAUCAAACAAGUGAUUCAGAAUGUUACUCACAGGGCUUCAACUAAAUCCCCAGAUAAGACUCCUUUUGGAGGAACAAUAUUAGUCCAUCUUAUUAUUCCAGGCCUUAAUGAAACCACUGUGAAACUUCCUACGUCCAUUAUGCUUGAGAUUUCGGAUGCAAUUAAGACACAGUUAGCUAAGAAUGAAACGUUGGCAUUACCUGCUGAAUCUAAAACACCAGAGGUAGAAAAAAUCCCAGCACAACCCGUAACAGUGACUGCUGGGUCAGUGCCAAGGACCACGAAACCUACUGUGUCUAGCGCAUUAGAAUUUUCAGAAAAAACACUGGUUCUCAGCGAAAGGACCCCGGAAACCCUGCAAACUAUUCUAAUACCUAGGUUUGAAUUGCCACUGAGCACUCUAGCUCCAAAAAGGCUUCCAGAAUUUCCUCAGGCAAACACACCCUUUCCCUUUGAGAAGCCUGAGGGCACUCUGGCUUCGAGUGAAAAGCCAUGGAUUGUGCCUACAAGUAAAACAUCUGAAGAUUCCAAACUUCUCCCACCUCAAACUGCCGCUUACGAUGUUUUCUCAAGCCCUGCGACAUCAGAUGAGCCUGAAAUGUCAGAACCCCACACAGCAACAAGUGAUCCAUUUCUGGACUCUGUCCCACCUAAAACUUCUAGAACUCUUGAACAGCCAAGGGCAACACUGGCUCCAAGUGAAACACCAUUUGUCCCUCAAAAACUGGAAAUCUUUACCAGUCCUGCAAUGCCACCUACAACAUCUGCUGCCCAGCAAACUACAUCUAUCCCUUCUACACCUAAACGACGCGUCAGGCCCAAACCACCAAGAACCAAACCUGAAAGAACCACAAGUCCUGGGACAAUUACACCUAAAAUUCCUAAAAGCCCUGAACCUACAUGGACAACGCUGGCUCCCAGUAAAACACAAUUUAUUUCUUUGAAACCUAAAAUUCCUCUCACCCCAGAAGGGACACCCACCAAACCUGCUCCACCAAAGACCAAACGACCAGGUCGUCGCCCCCGCCCUAAAACCACACCUAGUCCAGAUGUGCCCAAGUCCAAACCUGCUCUGGAACCUGCUACAGUACCUCUGGAGCUCUUGGUGCCCACAAUCGCAUCAAAACCAUCCAAAAGACCUAAAACCACACAUAGACCAGAUGCAUCUCAAAUCCAGCCUGUCUUUAAGCCUGUUACAUUUGAGACGGAAGCUCCCUCUCCAACCAUAGUUCCUGCCACAGACCUUGAACCUGUAACUCUGAGAACUGAGACUCCCACGACAACGUUAGCUCCAAAAACAUCACAACGACCAAGAACACGCCGUCCACGUCCCAAACAUAAAACCACACCGAGCCCAGCUGCAUCUCAGAGCAAACUAGCUACAACAACAAAGAGACCUCGUCGUCCACGCCCCAAAGCUAAAACCACAUCCCAUCCAGAAGUACCUCAGACCAAACUGGUUAUACUUAGAACGGAGGCUCCAGUGACCACACUAGCUACUAAAACAUCACAAAGACCCCGUCGUCCACGUCCCAGACCUAAAACCACACCAAGCCUUCAAGUACCUCAGACCAAAUCCGUUCCUGCUACAGUUCUUGAACCUGAGGCCCCAGGAACAACAUUAGCCUCUGAAACAUCACAACAGACACGUCGUCCACGUCCCAGACCAAAAACCACACCAAGUCUUGAAGCUUCUGAGUUCAAACCAGUUCCUACUGCAGACCUUGAACCUGUUGUGUUCAGAACUGAGACAUGGGUAACAACACAAGCUCCUAAAACAUCAAAACGGACCCGUCGUCCACAUCCCAAACAUAAAACUACACCAACUUCUGAAGCACCUCAAACAAAACUGGUUCCUACUACAGAUUUUGAACCUGGCCCUCUUAGAACUAAAGCUCCAGAAAUCGUGGUUCUUCCUACAGCCCUUGAACCCGUCACUCUUAGAACCAAGGCUCCAGAAACAUUAGCUCCUAAAACAGUACAACGAACCCGUCGUCCACGUCCCAGACCUAAAACCACAUCAAGCCCUGAGACACCUCAGACCAAACAGGUUCCUGCUACAAGCUUUGAACCUGUUAUUCAUAGUUCUCAGGCUCCAGAAACAGCAUUAGCUCCCACUGAACUGCAAACUCUUAUUUUGAAACCAGUGACAUCACCAAGCCUAGAAAUGACACAGAGUCAACCUGUUUCUGAAGUCCUGGAAUCGGUUACAUUAAGCACUGAGUCAUCAAAGGAAGCUCUAGCACCAACUGUAACAGAUUAUCUGUACCCCUCUGCCAAAGCACCACUCAGUCCAGAGGAACCAAAGACUGGAGUUGUGGAAUCUAUUACAAAUGUGUCUGAACCACCCGAGACCACGCUAGAGACAUCUCCUCUGCCUUCCCAAACUAUAAUCCUACCCAGCCCAGAUGAGCCUUCGACCGAGCCGGCUCCCAAGCAGACACCGCGUGCUCCUCCCAAACCAAAAACAUCUCCACGUCCAAGAAUCCCACAAACACAGCCAGCCCUCAAGGUGUCCCACCAUGUUACUUCAAAGCCAAAAGCAUUACCAAGUCCAGAAGUAUCAUAUACUCCACCUGUUCCAAGAGAUGUGCUCCUUCCCCCUAAACCAGACCCUGAAGUCUCUCAGAGCGAGCCUGUUCUGCAACCUGUUACCUUUAGAAUUGAUCCACCAGAGACAACAAUAGCUCCUUUAGAGACACGAGGCAGCCCUUUCAUACCCAUGAUUCCACCAAGUACUACUAGUGAAGAGGAACUGCAAGCCACUCUGGCAGAAACAGACCAAUCCACCCAAGGAUUCUUCACAACUAAGAUUCCGCUAACAACUGAAUUGGCAAAGACAACUCAGGCACCACACAGAUUGUAUACUACUCCUGUGAGGCCCAGAAUACCGGACAAAGCACACAUCAGACCCAUUCUGAAUAAGACAACUAUAAGACCUAGUAGACUCAAACCCAGUAGGACUCCCAAAGAGAAUGGAAUGGGAACAGGGGUCAAGCAAGUACCAAAGCCAUCAAGUGCUGGUAAAAAUAUGUCAGUGGACUCUACCCACUCCACCAAAAAACCAGCCGCAGUCCCAGGCACUCGCCGCCCACCCUUGCCACCUAGACCUGUGCCCCCACGAAGAAAACCUUUACCACCAAAUAAUGUCACUGGCAAGCCAGGAAGUGCAGGAAUCAUUUCAUCAGGCCGAGUGACUUCUCCACCCCUGAGGGCCACACUUAGGCCUACUGAAGCCCCUUCAGAAAGAACAGAGACAGAUGAAAAGCAACCGACAGCUCCUGCCUCAGGAGAAGAUCUUGGUAAUAUAACUGACUUUAGCUCAAGUCCAACAAGAGAAACUGAUCCUCUUGGGAAGCCCAGAUUCAAAGGUCCUCAUGUGCGAUACAUCCAAAAACCUGACAACAGACCCUGCUCCAUCACUGAUUCUGUCAAACGGUUCCCCAAAGAGGAUGCCACCGAGGGGAAUGCCACCAGCCCACCGCAGAACCCACCUACCAACCUCACUGUGGUCACUGUGGAAGGAUGUCCCUCAUUUGUCAUCCUGGACUGGGAUAAGCCACUAAAUGAUACCGUCACUGAAUAUGAAGUUAUAUCCAGAGAAAAUGGGUCAUUCAGUGGGAAGAACAAGUCCAUACAAAUUACAAAUCAAACCUUCUCCACGGUAGAAAAUCUAAAACCAGAUACAAGCUAUGAAUUCCAGGUGAAACCCAAAAACCCACUUGGAGAAGGCCCACCCAGCAACACAGUGGCAUUCAGUACUGAAUCAGCGGACCCAAGAGUGAGCGAGCCAGUUUCUGCAGGGAGAGAUGCCAUCUGGACUGAAAGACCCUUUAAUUCAGACUCUUACUCAGAAUGUAAGGGCAAACAGUAUGUCAAACGGACGUGGUAUAAAAAAUUUGUAGGGGUGCAGCUGUGCAACUCUCUCCGAUACAAGAUUUAUCUGAGUGACUCCCUCACAGGAAAAUUUUAUAACAUAGGCGAUCAGAGAGGCCAUGGAGAAGACCACUGCCAGUUUGUGGACUCGUUUUUAGAUGGACGCACAGGACAGCAACUCAGUUCUGACCAGUUACCCACCAAAGAAGGCUAUUUCAGAGCAGUUCGUCAGGAACCUGUCCAAUUUGGAGAAAUAGGUGGUCACACCCAAAUCAAUUAUGUCCAGUGGUAUGAAUGUGGGACCACAAUUCCUGGAAAAUGGUAGAUGCUGCAAUCAGGAUCAAAAGUGCCUUCUGUUUAUCAUGGCAAAAAAAAAAUUGGAAGCACUAUAGUAUUUGUCACAUUCAUUUAAAGCUGUUAUGUUUACUAUGUAUUAAAGUGUAAUAGCCAUAGUAGAUGUUUAUUAGAAAUGUUGCUGAGAAUAUUUAUCAGGUUUUACAAAAUCCUUUUAAGAAAACAAGAUAUUGACAUUAACAGGAUAACAUUUUUAGGGAAGCUGGCUCCCUAUCCAUGGUAUUUUAAGAGAUCAUUUGUAUAUUAUUUAUCACUGUUGUAAUGAUGUUUUGAGAUACUUUUAUAACAAAUUUAACAUCAAAAACUAAUAUACUUUUAAAAAAAUAUUUUAUUAAAGUGUAUUCUUACUGGUGAGUUAAUUCCAUAAAUCUCAACUUGGUUUAACUUAUUAGAUCAAAUUAUCUGAGCAUUUGUAUCUGGGGGAAAAAAGGUCCUAAUAUUCAUGUUUAUAUAAACUUCAAAUUUUUAGCAAUAGCUAAAUAGCUUUCCUGACGCAUUUCAAUCAAUAGUUAACCAUUCAUGCCGAUACACAUUUCCUUAAAUCUUUGCAAAUUACUGAAAACUGUUAGAAUAUCUGAUCUACUCAAUUUCAAAAUACACAUUUUGUUCUUUCUCUACCCAUAAAUAUGUUACAAUGUCUGAAUGUACUUUAUCAAACUAUCCCUUUAAGCAGGGAUUUGUCUUCAUACUGUUGUUAAUAGAAUUCUAAUGAAGCUGUACAUAGAGACUGAAUGUGAAGUCUGAGCACAGAAGUAAUGCAUGACAUCCCUACCACUUUACAGGCCAUGUACUGUUUUUAGACCUCUAGGAAUGAAUGUAUCAGAGAAUGUUUUCAUAAUUCUGUCUAACUCAACUUGUAAUGAAAAUCUCAUUUAUUUUAAAAAAAAAAAGUCCAUUUGCGGAGGGACAUGGGAAUGCUGCAUUGUUGCCCUCUUUCUGAAAGGACCUUUCCUCUGCUUCAACAUGCUUCAAGUUUAUCGAUGCUACAUUUUGUAUUUUUCAAGCAAGUAUAAACUCUGCAAUAAAGAGAU